UUCAAUCAAGUUCCAAUAUUCAAUUAAAUCUUUCUCUAUUUCUAUCUCUCUCUCUCUACACCCUCUUGUGUGAUACUUUCACUAAUCAACAAAGAAGCAAUAGUUUUUCUAUUGCCAUUGAUGAAGAUGAAGAUGAAGAUGAAGAUGAAGAUGAAGAUGACCAUGAGAAAAGAGGAAUGAAAAGAAGGAGGAAGAGGAGGAGGGAGGAGGAUGAUGAUGAGAAGGAAAAGAGAGAGAUUCAACACAAGCUUUGUAGUAGCAGACAACAAAGACCCUCUCAGAUUGCUUUACAGCCAAUGAAAACAAUUUUGGAUUUGGCAUGCUCAGUAAAUGGGGAAUGUGAUCUUCUUCGUUUCGAUGAUUGCCGAAUGAGGCGAAGCUGUUCAGAGCCACCCUGGUGUUUGAUUUCGAAGAAACUGCAGGUCAAAUGUGUAGAGACAAAGAUUUCUCAGCCACAUUGCCAUUGGAUUGAAGUGAAUCCCGAGCCAAAUGUCAGGAACUCUUGUAGUAGCUCUCAUAGCUGCUGCAGGAGUGGUGGCAUUUGUGGGGAUAAUUUUUCUACUAUGGUAUUGCUUAUUUCGUAAAAGUAUUUCAAGAACUUCGGAAACUAAUUCAUCAGAACCAUCGAUACAGGCCGGAGGAAAUGUCGAACUGUCCGGGGGUGUGUCUUACCCGUCCGGCUUGCAAGGCGCAAGAUCCUUCUCUCUUGAAGAAUUAAAUCUUGCUACCAAAAACUUCAGCAGCGUUAAUCUUAUUGGAUAUGGUAGAUUUGGAGAAGUGUAUAAGGGUUUGCUUCAAGAUGGGAUGAUCGUUGCCAUUAAAAGUCGUCAAGCUGCCCCUAGUCGGGAAUUUGUUGAAGAGGUACGUAAUUUAUCAACUAUUCGGCAUCGAAAUCUAGUGAGCCUCUUGGGAUUUUGUCAAGAAAAGGACUUGCAGAUGCUCGUUUAUGAGUACAUACCGAAUGGCAGUGUUUCCAGCCAUUUAUAUGGUGCCAAUCAGAUGUCGAGUGAAAAGCUAGAAUUCAAGAACAGGCUCUCGAUAGCCCACAACGCAGCUAAAGGUCUGGCUCACUUGCAUGGUUUUGAUCCUCCGGUGAUACAUAAGAACUUUAAGACGGCAAAUGUCCUAGUGGAUGAGGAUUUCAUUCCUAAAGUUGCAGAUGCUGGGCUCCGAAAUUUGAUGGAAAGAAUUGGUGGUGCCUCUUCAACCUCCCAAAUGAUAGUGGACGAUGUUUUCAUCGAUCCUGAGGUAAAGCAUUCAGGGACUUUCUGUGCAAAGAGUGAUGUUUAUAGUUUUGGAGUUUUUCUUCUUGAAUUGGUUAGCGGACGGGAUGCUAGAACAGAUCAAAGUCUCAUUGCAAAGGUACAAAACUAUCAAGACCCGAGCACCAUCUCAUCCCUCGUUGAUUCCCGAAUGGGCAGCAGUUUCACCACAGAAGGCAUGAAAGAGUUCUUGAGGCUUGCCUUCUGGUGCCUGAACACAUCUUCAGAAAGACGCCCACCGAUGAGUUUUGUCGUGUUAGAGCUCAACAGAAUACAUGAAAAAGAAAUCAGCCUGACAACGGUCAUGGGCGAAGGUACCCCGACCGUCACCCUUGGAAGCCACCUCUUUACAGCAGCAAGAUAAAUGAAUACCAACAUCUUUCUAUUCAAACUCUCAGAGCAAACCUGUAAAUUAGUUCAUCAGCUUUGAGUUAAGUGUAAAAAGAAGCGUUGUAUUCUUUGUAAUUUUUCUUUUUACCUCCCAUAAAUUCAUGGGAAUUCAUGUGUAAACAAACCCUCUUUUUUUGCUGUUAUUUGCUGUGGCAUAUCAAUUAAAUUAUUGGCAUUGGUGUGAAUCCA